AUUUUAAAUUUAGAUCGCGUAUUAAUACAUAGUGGUUUGUGUCAGGGCCGCGGCAUUGCGCCUGGCAGCAGUACCCGCAGUCGUUUGCUAACAGUUGAUUCAUCGUAAUAUCGUAUUUAUUCUAUUCAUUUCCAGUUGACGGUUGUGUGCAGUGCUAUUGUGCCGCUUAGUGUAGACGCUGUGAUAUUAUCCACUUAAAUCUAAAAUGGCUGAUCAACUAACCGAAGAACAAAUUGCCGAAUUCAAAGAGGCAUUCUCAUUGUUCGAUAAAGAUGGAGAUGGAACCAUUACAACUAAAGAAUUGGGAACAGUUAUGAGAUCACUUGGCCAGAACCCCACAGAAGCCGAAUUACAAGAUAUGAUAAAUGAAGUCGACGCAGACGGCAAUGGUACCAUUGAUUUUCCUGAGUUCCUUACCAUGAUGGCACGUAAGAUGAAAGAUACCGAUAGUGAAGAAGAAAUUCGUGAAGCUUUCCGUGUAUUCGACAAAGAUGGUAAUGGUUUUAUAUCCGCAGCCGAACUUCGUCACGUUAUGACUAAUUUAGGUGAAAAGUUAACUGAUGAGGAAGUUGAUGAAAUGAUUCGUGAAGCGGAUAUUGAUGGAGAUGGUCAAGUUAAUUAUGAAGAGUUCGUUACAAUGAUGACUUCGAAGUGAGCGGUGAAUGUCCCCAACACCAAACUGCAUUUUCGCUUUCCAUUCGCAUCUUGGGUCGAUCAUCUAACCCAAUAUUUGGACUCAAGGCCCGAGCCGAGCCACAAGUGAAUUAAUUAUUAAACUAAUGAUUAAUUUUAAAUUAAUUUAAACUGACGAGUUCUAAUAUUAAAGAAAAUUAAUUAAUUUUAAAAAUAAUAUAAUUGUGUAAAUUUUUGUAAAAUACUGUUGUAUUAUUCUUGAAGAAAGUUAGUGUAGUAGAGAGAAAAAAAUGAGAGCGUUGUGAUGAUUGCAGCGCCCCACAUUCAUGAUCGCUACGACUGCUACCACACUCCCCUCCAUAUUAAUUUACGAGUGGCGUUCGUAGCGAUAAUAAAUAAUAUAUAAAAAAAAGCAACUCAACCUCCUAUCGUCUAAAUAAAUGUGUUUUGUUUGGGCCAGAUAACCGGCUCGGCUAAUAUAAUAUUAAUAUAUUUGAAUUAAUUAAUUAUUCCCUAAUUUCGUAAUAAUUAAAAAAAAAAUAUUUAUACUUUAUUGUUUUUAUUAGUAAUUUAUGUUUGUACGAAAAUAUUUCUUAUUGUUCUCUUCUGUCUAAUUCUCUCAGACUGUAAUUUUAUAAAAUCUAAAAUUUAUAUUCAAAGCUACAUCUGUAUGAAUUAAUAUAUUGAUACACGCAUGCGUGCAAAUUAAUUUUCAUUCUUCAUACAAAUGAUAUUAUAAUAGCUUAAUAAAAUUCACCAUCAUCCAAGAAUUUGUAAUUUUCAUUUUAUAAACAUGGAGUGUGAUUUAUCUAUCAUUUGUCGAAGUCUGAAAUCUAGUUUUAAAUUUUAAACAUUGAUGUAUAAAAAAAACGUAGCCAUCACAAAAUAUAGCUUGAUUUUUUUUAAGUUACAGUCUAAGCGUGAAGGACGGUAUUUUGAGAGGAUAUCUUUAUAUUUUAAAGAUUGUGUGUGCAAAGGUGCUGCGCCUUCACAGCCAAAUUAAAAAAAUAUCUCUAUUAUAAAAAAAAAUAUAAUACAUAGUAUUACGUUUCGUUAUUAUUAUGUCUCUGGGUGUGUGUAUAUUGCACUACUCUCUUAAGGCCACGCAGCCGUAAUGAAUCGGGCGAGCAGUCGGCCACACCUAGCUGCUCUUGUUUAUUAAAAGACAUCUAUAAAUAAAUGUUUCAUUUUUAGGUCA